AUGGCUCCUCGGACACUCACCACCAACCCGCCGUCAACACAAGACUGCCUCCUCUGCUUCCCUACCCCUGAAAUCCUCCUAGUAACCCUCAACCGGCCCGAAUCACUUAACUGCAUCAGCUCACAGGGCCAUGCGGAGUUGCAUGAGGUGUGGGAAUGGAUGGAUACAGAACCGUCAUUGCGAGUGGGCAUCAUUACAGGGAAGGGUAGGGCGUUCUGCGCUGGGGCAGAUUUGAAAGAAUGGAACCGCAAGAACUCCGAAUCCUCUACCCGGGCUGCGCAACCCUCCUCAGGAUUUGCCGGCCUAUCUCGCCGCGCCGGAAGAAAACCCAUAAUUUGCGCCGUCAACGGCUUGGCCUAUGGCGGGGGCUGCGAAAUAAUCAUCAACGCCGAUAUCGUCAUUGCCAGUAAGCGUGGCGCAAAGUUCGCACUGCCAGAAGUUAAGCGCGGCGUCGUUGCGUUGGCGGGAGGGCUUACGAGGCUGGUGCGGACGGUGGGGAAGCAGCGGGCGAUGGAGAUGGUGUUGACGGGGAGGGUGGUGAAAGUUGACGAGGCAGAGAGAUGGGGGCUUGUUAAUGAGGUUGUGGAGGAUGAGGGGGAGACGGAUGAGACGGAUGUUGAGGAGAGGAAGGUGGUCAAGAGGGCUAUUGAGUUUGCUGGUGAGAUUGUGGCUAAUAGCCCUGAUGCAGUGAUUGUGAGUCGGGAGGGGGUUAAGCUGGGGUGGGAAGGGAUUGGGGCGGAGGAUGGGAGUCGAUUGUUGGCAGAGGCUUGGAUGAAAAGGUUGAAUGAGGGUGAGAAUUUGAAGGAGGGUGUCUUGGCAUUCGUGGAGAAGCGGAAGCCUAAGUGGGUUGAUAGUAAGCUUUGA